AUGCACUCGGCUUCCAGUAUGCUGGGAGCGGUGAAGAUGGAAGGGCACGAGCCGUCCGACUGGAGCAGCUACUACACCGAGCCCGAGGGCUACUCCUCGGUGAGCAACAUGAACGCCGGCCUGGGGAUGAACGGCAUGAACACGUAUAUGAGCAUGUCGGCGGCCGCCAUGGGCAGCGGCUCGGGCAACAUGAGCGCCGGCUCCAUGAACAUGUCGUCGUACGUGGGCGCGGGCAUGAGCCCGUCCCUGGCGGGCAUGUCCCCCGGGGCGGGAGCCAUGGCCGGGAUGAGCGGCUCGGCCGGGGCGGCCGGCGUGGCGGGCAUGGGGCCGCACCUGAGCCCGAGCCUGAGCCCGCUAGGGGGGCAGGCGGCUGGGGCCAUGGGCGGCCUGGCGCCCUACGCGAACAUGAACUCCAUGAGCCCCAUGUACGGGCAGGCGGGCCUGAGCCGCGCGCGCGACCCCAAGACGUACCGGCGCAGCUACACGCACGCCAAGCCGCCCUACUCAUACAUCUCGCUCAUCACCAUGGCCAUCCAGCAGAGCCCCAACAAGAUGCUGACGCUGAGCGAGAUCUACCAGUGGAUCAUGGACCUCUUCCCCUUCUACCGGCAGAACCAGCAGCGCUGGCAGAACUCCAUCCGCCACUCGCUGUCCUUCAACGACUGCUUCCUCAAGGUGCCCCGCUCGCCCGACAAGCCCGGCAAGGGCUCCUUCUGGACCCUGCACCCCGACUCGGGCAACAUGUUCGAGAACGGCUGCUACCUGCGCCGCCAGAAGCGCUUCAAGUGCGAGAAGCAGCUGGCCCUGAAGGAGGCCGCGGGCGCCGCGGGCGGCGGCAAGAAGGCGGCCGCCGCCGCCGGGGCCCAGGCCUCGCAGGGUCCGCUCGGAGAGGCGGCCGCCGGGCCGGCUCCCGAGACUCCGGCGGGCACCGAGUCGCCCCACUCAAGCGCCUCCCCGUGCCAAGAGCACAAGCGAGGGGGCCUCGGGGAGCUGAAGGGGACGCCGGCCUCGGCGCUGAGCCCCCCGGAGCCGGCGCCCUCGCCCGGGCAGCAGCAGCAGCAGGCCGCGGCCCACCUGCUGGGCCCUCCGCAUCACCCGGGCCUGCCGCCCGAGGCCCACCUGAAGCCGGAGCACCACUACGCCUUCAACCACCCCUUCUCCAUCAACAACCUCAUGUCGUCAGAGCAGCAGCACCAUCACAGCCAUCACCACCACCAGCCCCACAAAAUGGACCUCAAGGCCUACGAACAGGUGAUGCACUACCCCGGCUACGGGUCCCCCAUGCCGGGAAGCCUGGCCAUGGGCCCGGUCACGAACAAAGCGGGCCUGGAUGCCUCGCCCCUGGCCUCAGACACCUCCUACUACCAGGGCGUGUACUCCCGGCCCAUUAUGAACUCCUCGUAA